AUGGCCGGAUUGGGCUCAACAAAUAGCCUUUAUAAGUACCAAUUCACCAAAAUGGCCUUACACAAGUGGUUUCUCAAAAUGGCUAACUACUCUCAUCUCUUCCUUCUCUUCGUGACAUUUUUUGUUCCUCGAGUUUUGGCAGGAACCAACUAUACAGUCGGAGAUAAGAGUGGUUGGAACCUUGGAGUCGAUUACUUCUCUUGGACCAGUGACAAAACCUUCUUUGUUGGCGAUAAUCUUGUAUUCAAGUAUGAGAAAGGGAAGCACAACGUAUUAAACGUCGACGUCUCGUCGUUUUCACAAUGCGCUGCGCCUAAAGACCAACCACCGUUGGUUAGCGGAAACGACGUCAUUACAUUGACUACUCCUGGAACCAAAUGGUUCAUUUGCUCCAUUCCCCACCACUGUAACUCCGGCCAGAAGCUUGUCCUUUCAGUGGACACCGCGCCAGCCACCCCCGGAGAGGCUCCUCCAGCGCCACCCUCCGCCAUACAAACUCCUCCAGUGCCACCAGUUGCUGUACCGCCUCCUCCACCGUCAUCGUCUGUUCCAGUGAUUGUCCCAGCUCAGCCGCCAUCGCUACCUCCAGCCUCUCCUCCUUCGGUACAAUCGCCCGGUCAGAACCAAACUGCCCCACAUUUGCCAAUUGCUCCAAUGCCAACCCAAAACAUUCCACCAUCGGUAUCGCCAGCUACUCCGAGCCCCACUCCUGUUGCUCCGCCGCCAUCAGCUGCCGUGAAAUUCGCUGUUUCGGGCCAUCUUGGUUUUUUGGCGAUGGCGGUUAGCGUUCUUGCUGGGAUUAUGAUAUGA